GCCCUCACUACGGGAAUGCAGAGACCCUGCCACUGGUGGGGUGGGAAGGGGAGAAUAGAUCUGAGCUCAGUUGCAGCUGUUUCCAUGUCAGGAGAGAGGGAGCUGGAUAAGGAAAGAGAGGGUGUGGAUGUUCAGCUGAAAGGCCUUGCUUACAUAAGAGCGAACUGAAAGGCUCUGGAUGUAGAAGUAUAGUUACAAAUGAAGACUUGGUGUAGGGAGCCUUACUCCUUUUGUGGGAAGCCUUGUAUUUUGUGUUGGACUUUUGUUAUAGAGGCCUGUUUUCAGUCUACAGCAGGUAGGCAAUAAGCUUGGGCCUGUCAACUCCCACCGUGACCAGGGACUGGGCUGACCAUUCUGUGACUGAGAGGUUGAUCUUCGGAGUUUUCAGCUCUUCCAUACAGGCCUUAUUUGCUGCUCUUGUAGAACUGAACUGGAUAAAAAUGGAAUUAGCGUAUUAUUAUUAUUGUUAUUUAUGUGUAUUAUUGUAGCAUGUAGAAACCUACCGUGCUUCACACUAUACAAACCCAGAACAAAAGUUAGAUCUAGCAUGCUGGUUCUCAACCUUGUUGGGCUCAGGACCCAUUUGUAAACCUUGAUAACCUGUCGUGACCCAGGCUUAGAUGCCACAGGAACAAGAGCUUCAUAAAAACCGAAGACAGGCAGGGAGUGAAUUCACACACCUCUGGAAAACAGAGAUAAUGCACAGAAUUUCUAACGUGAAAGGAAAAAGCCAAGAAGCGCCAAGGAGGUGCUGCUCUCCAUUGAUUGGCAUUGACCGUUCUGGGCCUUUCCCACAAGCACUGGGUGAAGAUGAGCAGCCUGUCCCAAGCAUGACGUCAUUGGCAAAUGUCAUUGUUUCCCACCAGUCGGAGUGGGUCUCCUUCAAUGAUGAGCUGCUCGUGCCGGUUACUUCGCAGGCUUUAGGUGGGACUGAAGAGCCUCUGGAAAAGUGUUUUUCCUCCUCCGACACCUCCUCAGAAGACAACCAUAAUGUGGAUGGAGAGUUUCAGGACCUCUCACACACUGAGCUGAGUGAUGACGUGGACAAGCCCGGGGUGGACUCUGCAUCAAUAUCUCUGCUUGGGAACCAUGUGUGUCCCAAACCUGAUCUAUCUUCAUCCAUCAGUAACUGGGUUCAAUUUGAAGAUGUGCCAUGGACCAGCACUUUACCAGCUCACAUACAGACAGCCCUUCCAUCAAGAGCACCCUGCUGGACUUCUCCUUCCUCAGAUUAUUCUGAGAGACAACCCCUUGCCUCAGAGAGCAGCUGGACAACCAACUCAGAGGACACCAGCAGCCAAAGCAUGGCCCCCUCCUACACAGAUUUGCAGUCGAUAAAUACUGAGGACCUGACCAGUGGUGGGGCUUCUGCAGCAGACUCAGCUGACAAUUCCUCGUCUUUCCAGGAAGAUGAAGAGGUAGAUAUGGAGGCUGUCAACUGGCAGCUGAACAGCACCCCCAUGAAUGGGCACUCUCCAACCCCAACCACAGCUCGUUUCCCCAGCUGGGUGACAUUCGAUGACAAUGAAGUCAGCUCUGCUUCCCUCCAGAGCCUUUCUCCCUUGAAACCAGACACCCCACCAAUAGCAACGCAGACUGCAGAUGUGAACUGUAAUCUUGCUGCAUCCUUUAAGAAGAGGGAGCGACCCAGGAGCACAUUGGUGGACCUCACUAAAGUUCAAAAGCUAGAUCUUUCCUCCUUAAAUAGGCUGCCUUCUGUUGGAACACCCCCCUGGAGUGCUACUAAUCCCUUCCUGGAUGAGUCUCUGAGGGAUGUCCAACCCUCACCCAUCAACCCAUUCAGCUCAUUCUUAGAGGAACGAGAUAGACGUUCCCACAGCUCCUCUCUCUCCAGCGCUCCAGGCCAAAGCCAAAGAGACUCCCUUAUUAUUCUCUACCAAGAACCUGACACCAUCAGCUUUGAUGAGUCAAGCAAAAACGUAACCCACACAGAUGCUGUCGAGCAGCUCAAGCAGCUCCGGAUUGGGGAUCCAGAUCACCUGAGCAGCCCAAUUCUACCUGAUGAUGACCCCUUGAUGCCAUUUGAGGUGGAUGGCACAUUGUUGAACUUGGCCCCAUCUCAGCCCAAGGAUGGCUGGCCAAUGAUGCUCAGGAUACCAGAGAAAAAAAACAUCAUGUCAUCUAGGCAUUGGGGGCCAAUCUACGUCAAGCUGACUGCGAGCGGGUAUCUACAGCUUUUUUAUGAGAAGGGACUGGAGAAGCCCUUCAAGGAAUUCAAACUUGAGAUCAGUCAUGAGAUUUCAGAGCCCAAGCUCCAAAACUAUGAUGAGAAUGGAAGGAUACACAGCGUGCGUAUAGACCGCACCAUCUACAAGGAGAAAAGGAAGUAUCAGCCUAAACCAGCAAUCAGCCACGCAGCAGAAAGGGAACAAGUGAUAAAGCUAGGCACUACUGAUUAUGAAGACUUCCUUAGUUUCAUCAGCGCAGUUCAGGAUAUACUAAUGGACUUGCCAGCCUCAUCAACAGAUCUGAGCACAGUGGGAUUAAACUAUCAAGAGGAAGAAAUCACUGUUGAUGUCAAGGAUGAGUUUCAUGGCAUCUUGGCCAAAGGAGACAAUAGGAUUCUCCAGCAUAGUGUGCUGACACAUAUACAUGUUCUCAGCUUCCUUUCUGGCCUCGCAGAAUGCAGGCUGGGCCUUAAUGACAUCCUUAUAAAAGGGAAUGAAAUUGUUGCACGGCAGGAUAUUAUGCCCACCACUACCACUAAGUGGAUUAAGUUGUAUAACUGCCGGUUUCAUUCAUGUGUGGACGAGGAAAUGUUUAACAGCUCCCACGUUAUCCAGUUUAAUCCCUUGGAUGCCUGCCGAUUUGAGCUGAUGCGGUUCAGGACUGUGUUUGCUGAGAAGACUUUGCCUUUCACUCUGAGAACAGCAGCCAUUGUCAAAGGUGCUGAAGUGGAGGUCCAGAGCUGGCUGAUGAUGUCCACUGGGUUCUCCUCCAACCGUGACCCUCUAACUCAGGUCCCCUGUGAAAACGUGAUGGUCCGCUACCCAGUGCCAAAUGAGUGGGUGAAAAACUUCCGCAGAGAAAGUGUCCUGGGAGAAAAAUCUUUGAAAGCCAAGGUGAACAAGGGUGCCAGUUUUGGAUCAACCAGCAUGUCUGGUUCUGAGCCGGUAAUGAGAGUAACUUUGGGAACUGCCAAAUAUGAGCAUGCCUUUAAUUCCAUUGUAUGGAGGAUAAACCGACUGCCUGACAAAAACUCAGCUUCCGGCCAUCCCCACUGCUUCUUUUGCCACCUGGAGCUUGGCUCUGACCGGGAAGUGCCUUCCAGUUUCAUCCGCUAUGUGGACGUGGAGUUUGACAUGCCCACCACUUCAGCGUCCAAAGCCACUGUUCGGUCCAUUUCUGUAGAGGACAAGAGUGAUGUCAGGAAAUGGGUCAACUAUUCAGCACACUAUAGUUACAAGGUGGAAAUAGAACAGAAAAAGAACUUGAAUCUUGAUCUGAAGGGAGCAGAAAUUGAAAAUCCCAAGGAUUGUGCCAUGCAGUGAAGGAAGACCCAUGGGAGGAGCAGUAAUGUCAACGGAGCCAGCUGAAGAGAACUGCAACACCUAGCUUCUGCUGUAAGAAGUACAAAGCAGUACUUUUAAAAAAAAAAUGCUCUUCAGUGUGACUGUGUCUUGAGUUACCUGGCUCACUAUUAUCUGUAUUUUGGCAGGAGGUUUGUUUUGUUUAGAAGAGCUUAGGGAUUUGCUGGAACAUUUUAUAUUCAUCCAGUGUAUUGACAGAAAGACUUACACUACAUUCAAGCCUGCCUUCCUUUCUGCUUCUUCACCAUUUACCUUUCUGCACUGAAGUAUGUUAUGUCGACAACUGCAGCCAAAACAAAAAGCAACCCUGACCUCGCUUACAGUCUUCUCCUAUUAUUUGACUGUUUUCUUGUAAACCGGUGGUUUGGUCAUCAGCAGAACCUUCCUUGUGAUCUGCAGAAUAAAACUUUUUGAGAGCUAAGCAUUGGGGGAACUAGGGAGCAGCAAGGGGAAAAGUGGUGCAUGAAAAGGUCUUCCUUUUAUGAAAUAGUAAACAGAAUAAAAAUUUCCCUACAUCCAGAACAUAGUGAACACCAAGGAAAUAAACACAAAAUAAUAUAGCUGAUUAUCUGACUCUUCCCAGUCACCUUUUCUUAUCUCAUCCUCUAAAUCCGAACACUAAAGUAAUGCACAUUUUAAUAGGAUCUUGACUAGUCAUGAGAAAAAUUCAUUUGUUCUUAAGGUUUUCACUUGCUAGUCAGGUUUAUGCCAUUAGCUUGACUGAACAUGUGAUAGCUGCUUUUAAUAGAGAGUGUGCAGUGUAUAGCAGGGAUUAGAUCAUUCCUGCCUAGAAAGAUAUCUGAGGGCAAUAGAUUUUAUUUUAACAUUUUCCUGAAUGAUUAAGUAGACUGUUUACUGGUUCAUGUUGUUUGGACAGUAGGAUCUUGUGUUCCCGAUACUUUCGAAGGCAUUAUAAGAAGUAAAUGUUGUGUGUGCCUGUCCUUGUAAUACAAUGUUGCUUUCAGGUUUCAUCCUAACAGUACUUCUUAUUCCAAGAAAGCAUACAGUGUAACAAAUGUGUGUACAAUUAUCUUUUCAAUCACACACUAACUGGGACUAAAAGCCUCUAAAAACACCUCUAUCACAGUGAACUAAGGAAACCUCCUCUUGGCUGAAAGUAGUAGCAAGUCCCUCCCUUAUCUUUUCCCUAGACCAGACUGUAGAAGGCAAAAUCACUCACUCAAUACACAUUGCAGUUGAGUUGUAAAAUGUUUACAAUACCUAAUUUUUACAGUUGUGUAUCCAACCUGUUUGCUCCCCUGCCCAAAAAGUAAUAGUUUUUGAUAAAAGAAUAGUAACUUGUUAAACCAUUUAUCUUUUUAAAGGGAUACUGUUGACUUAAAUAUCAUACAUUUAAAAAAAUCCUUAUGGUAUUAUUAACAACAUGCUAAUUCAUUAAAAUAGAGAGACUUUUAAAAUUCUAAAUUUAUUUUUCAUUAUUUGUGCACUUUUUACAUUGUGCAUUUCACUCAGUGUGGGUCAUGGAAAAUAGACUUUCAUUUUGGUCCCUGGUUACUUUCACUGUGACUUCCAUGAACAGUGUUGCUGUGUUCAGGUUCCAAAUGCCACAUGGGAUUAUUUACAUUUGGACUAAUAAUUGUUUUCAUUAAAAAAAAAUUAAAAAUUA